GAAGGAAAAGGAAAAAAAUUCCAUGAGAAUAAAAUAAACCUUUUCCAAGAUGUGUUUGCAGAGGGUUUGGUGGCCUGAACUCUGGCUCAUUGUGCGCUGGAUACUCUGCCUGCUUAGGGCUCCAUGCACAGGUGCCAACGAAGCAGUGAGAUGUGAGAGAGUUCCUGCAGCAACCUUAGGUGAAGAUGUGACCCUGAAAUGUAACUUUAUACACUCUUUCAAUGUUUUACAAGUCACCUGGCAGAAGUUGGAAGGCUCUUCAUUCAAAAACAUAGCUACCUACAGCAAGGCACAUGGAACUAAAUCCAUAGGGCCUUUCAAUAAGAGAGUUUGUUUCAAUGAUACAAGUCUGAAAGCAUCAUCCAUCACUUUUCGUGGCGUGACAUUGGAGAAUGAAACAUGUUAUAAGUGCAUCUUCAACGCAUUUCCACAUGGCUCCUUCGGUAGAGAAACUUGCCUCCUACAAUCGAUUUCUGCAGUAAGACCUGAACUCCAUUCAAACGCCAGCACCCCGGGGCUCCUGACUGCAGUCUGCUCAGCUACAGCAAAACCUGCCCCAGAAAUCACAUGGAAGCCUGAGGGUGUCCUGAUUGGCCAGCCUGAGAUACAUGGAGUUAAGAAUGCAAAUAGCACAGUAACUGUGACAAGCACAUGUAACGUCUUUGUGAGGCUCCUGCGAUCAAAGAACCUCCAGGCUUUGACUUGUGUAAUAAACCACCCUAUAGGAAAGAAAGAAAGAAGAUAAUUGACUCACUAGAGGAAUAUGAAGGUAGGUUACAUCUGGGUGUUGGUAUAGGAUAGUCUGGGGAGUGGAGAGCAGAGAAAAAACAUACCAAAAAAAAAAAAGAAUAGUUGU